UUCCCUUGCAAUUGCAUCAUAUUAUUUCCUCCCGUUGCUAUUCUAUUCUAUUCUAUUCUGCCUUCACUUCAAACUCUAAUUAUUUCCUCUCAAAUUCUUUUUAAUUCCCUUUUAUUUCCCCUCCGCGGCAAAAGGGGCCAAAAAUUCCCUUUUAUUUAACCGCGUCCAAAUCUCAAACAAUGGGAGCUCUGAAAUUGGAUGGCAUUACUGCUGAUCCUGAACCUGAUUGGAGCUUUGAUGCUCUUGUCUCGGAGCUCAAUGCUUUGGAAAACAAACUUGCCGCCACUUCUUCCACUGAACCUUUGCAUUCUCAUAAAACUACAUCAAGGCUUAUCUUAUCUGCUGAGAAAGAAGUUGAGAAAGGUAGAAGUUUCGUAUUUCGUGCCCCUGAGUAUGAGACAGAGAGCGAGGAUGAUGAUGACAAAGCAUUAGUACUAGCAAGCACUGGCAAACGCUUCACUUGCGAUGAACUUUAUCUGAGUGACAGUGAUGAUUCUGACAAUUCCGAUGUUAACCCCACUUUUGAAUUGCAACCUUACUUGAUGGAUAAAGUUGGGGAGGUAGAAGGUGCUUUGAUUGAGUUGACACAUGAACAUCAAUUGAGGAUUAAGGAUGAAAUUAGGAAUAAGAUCUCAGAAUUGGAAACAGCUCUACUGAAUGAAAGUCAGAACUCUACUUCUUCCCUUCUUCGAGUUGAGAAAUACAAAGAAACAAGGCAGGAGUUGGAUAAAAAGUUUGACACUCAAUAUCAGCGCCAAAUUGCAGAAGCUCUUGAUAAUCACUUGACAGCUGUUCAACGGGAUCGUGAACUCAGAUCACAAAUAGAAGAAAGGAAAAUAAGAAACGAUGCAGCAUAUGAAGAAGCCAAGAGAAAGGUUGCUUUGCAAGAGGAAAGGCAACAGCAAGAAAAGGCUAAAGCUGAAGCAGAGGCCAAACUUAAAGCUGAGGAAGCAAAGCGAGCUGCAUUGGAAGCUGAGAGAAAAGCAGCAAUGGAAGCUAAAACAAAGGCAGCCAUGGAAGCUGAAAAAAGAGCAGCAGCAGAAGCUGAAAGAAGAGCAGAAAAGAAUGCCAUAGGAAGUUCCAAUACGGUUACUUCUGGAAUGACCCAAGAUCGAUCAAGUAUAUCAAAUACUGAAACCAAGGAGUCCGGUUAUGUAUAUCGCGCUGCUGCAAAUGCUUUAAAUCUAGAGAAUGGGAGGCUACAGAAACUGAAAGAGCUGUAUGAGAGAAACCAAGUUAUAAGAUCAAGUUCAAAACAGGAUUAUACCAGCCAUGAGAGUCAUAUUUCCCGGAAUAUAAGGCAAAUAAGGGGAAUAAGCGACAAUGUUAGAUCAAAAGCAAGUGAACUCAUUAAACUUUUGAAUGAUCGUCAAUGUCCUCAAUCAUUCAGUGUUGAGAUAUUUGUUAAAAAGGUUAUUUCAUCAUGUACAAACCCUGGUAGUGCCACCUUUGCAAUUGCCUAUGUCAUUGUUCUCAUUACAUCUCAGGUCCCAUUUGUAAUGGAUAUUUUACUGGCCGAGCUUCAUAGUACCUGCUUAUACACCGUCCCGAAGCACAUGGUUUAUAAAAAGUCUAUCUUUCAAUCAAAAGAGGCAUACUUCAGAAGUAUUGGUUAUCGAGAAGAAGAUGGAAAAUUAGAGAGUACAGAAGAUUAUUUAAAGCGGCUUGAAUCAUAUAUGACGGUGUACGGUGCAAUGGUUCAGACGGAAAUUCCAAACAUUCAAAAUUUGCACGGCUUGCAAGAAGGUUGGGCGUGGCUUGCAAGGUUGUUGAAUGCUCUACCAGCCAAUCAAUAUACAGCUGUUUCGCUCAAUGCAUUCUUGCAAAUUGCUGGAUAUGCUCUAUUUAAAAGAUAUAAAUCUCAGUUCCUAAAGAUGUUGAACGUCAUCUCAAACAACUUUUUAGUUGAGCUAAAAUCACACAAUGUACCAGAAUUGAUGAAGACUGUUACAGAUAUACAGGCUUAUAUAGAAGAUAAAAAGUUUCUUCAAGUGCCAGAAGGAAGAAACUUGCAGUCAAAUACGUUAUCACGGGCGUUGGAACCAUAGGCCCAGUAAACAGAACCAAACGAAUGCGAGGCAGCAGGUGCUGGUUUUGCUCAACGAAACAGGCCUAGGAGGGUCCUUAAGAGACUACCAGGAUGGGAUGAUUUCAUCCAUUGAGGCGGUAGAUUUUCUCAGGAUUUUUUUUUUAUACAGGAGCUGCUUAUUUCAGUCGUUGUGUUGUCACCCAAUCAUUGGUCUUGUAAUUUUGUCAAACUAUGUUAUUUUUCCAUUUAAGCAUGAGAAAUUUAAAACUGAUGUAAUCUAGUGGAAAGAAUGAAGGAAGGCGUCUUUACUUGGAAAUUUCUAUUUCCGUCUUUUUGCCUUGCAAUAUAACCCAUAUCAGAACGUAUUUGUUAGUUUACGUUAAAGGUCGUUGCUUUUUAUUUAGGCAGGUGACAGUUUGAGUACUAGUCUGUAUCUUGUAAAGUUAUGUGAACAAGCUCUACAAAAUUAUACAUAGCAUGAAUUUAUAUCAA